AUGAGGGACGUCAGGAUACUGAUACAAAGAGAAAUUAUUUCCUUCGCUGAGUGAUAUCUGAACUCAUAUAUUUCGUUCAUAGUAACAAGAUUCACUGGGAAAUAGCUGAUCAAGAAGAUGUCAAUAUACAAGGCAGUGAACAUUCUGUAAAAAAAAGAUCAGAACAAAAGGAACCAUUACUAUCAGUGUGCUUCCGGAUAUCAAUCCAAUGUCAUUCAUUCUCCAAUUGUUUUGAGCAAUCGUAAAAGUAAUUUCUUCAAUUUUAUUAUAAAUCCAAGAAGAGGCUUGUGGAAGGGGUUCGUACUUAAAAAAAUUAUCUGGAAACUCAUACCUGAGCAAGGUGAGCGAUAACAAUUGGUAAAAGUUUAUAAGGAUUAACACUAUUUGGCCAGACGGGAUCUUUACAAACAUGGUAAAGAUAAGAACAGUUACAAUAAAAAUGAAUAGUAUCCCUGUUGAGCAAUAGUUGAUGAUUGUGCUUGCUAAUAUAAGGGAGUCUACUUGGUCAUAUUUUUGAUCGAGUAUUCAUUGUCCAGAUAUUUUGGAAUAUCCUGAAGUGCAUGUUUUUCAUCUCGAGUACUGAUUUCAUUCUACUCAGUUGCUUACAGAGCAAGUAGAAAGAAUCCUUGAGCUGGCAAUUGAUGCUAUGAAAAGUAGCAUGAGUAAUACGAAGGAUUGCUUCAUUU